AUGUCGACCGGUUUCAUCGACUACAGCAAGCGCAACCGUGCCUCGGGCCCCGCGUCCGAGGCAAGCAGAGAUCUCGAAUCAGAGAGGGCAACAGAAGAUCCUUUCUCCGAGCAGGAGUCGGAGCGGCCUCGCAAAAGCGUCGAACGUGCUGCCCCUCGCCGAUCCCAACAGGUUGAGCGAGAAGUCGACGAGACUUCCGACGACUUGAAUGGUCAACAAGUGCAGCCUUCUCGUCCUCCUCGCGGCGUCGAGGUCCGUCGCGACCCAGGUCAGCCCAAGGGCGAUUACAAUGAUCGCGAUGAACGCCCCUUCUUCGACCCCACCUUCCCCAACUACCAGUCAGAGGCACCACUAGAGAUGCCCUUCUUUGACCACGUCGUGGCUGACUACGGCGAAUACGGCUUCCUUCAGCGUCUCCGACUCAACUUCCGUCAAGCCCUCUCCUUCGCACUCAGCACCACCUCGCUCGGCAGUGUCCUUUUUGCUGCCUACUUCGUCUACUUCAAUCCGUUCAAGAAGUCGCCACCAAAGGCAAAGACCGACCGCGAAUACGAGCGCAGAAUCACUGGCGAACGUGGCUCUGGCAGACCCGCUUACUACGCCGAGUUCUGGGGCUACCAGUGUGACGAGCACGAGAUCAUCACCGAAGGCGGUUGGAUCCUCAAAGCUCACCGUAUCUCGGACCCUCGUCGUGGCGGCAACGUCGGUUACCCUGUUGUCCUCCAACACGGUAUUCUCUGCAACUCAGCUCACUUUGUCGUUAACGAAGAGCGUUCUAUGGCCUUCUGGCUCGUCGAUCAAGGCUUUGACGUAUGGGUCACCAACAUUCGUGCAAACUUCAAGGCUGGUCAUACCGAAUACACCCGAAACGAUCCUCGAUUCUGGGCCUGGGGUCUCAAGGAACUCGCCUUCGACCUUCGCGAUGUUGUCGACUACAUCACCGCUGCUACCGGCUACCCUCAGCUCGCCUACGUCGGCCACUCGCAAGGUGCCGGUUCCAUGUACCUCGCCUUGAGUCCAGGCAUCUGCCCCGAGAUCGCCAACAAGCUCAGCUGCUUCGUCGCUCUCGGUCCCUCGGUCUACGCCGGUUCCGUCCUGCGAAAGUUCCCCUUCUCUCUCCUUCGUCAAUUCCGCUCGCGAAAGUGGUGGGGUCUCAUCUUUGGUGUGCGAGAGUUCAUGCCCGCCAUCGGUAUCGCCCAGGCAUUCCUCCCCGCCUUCUGGUUCGGUCACAUCGCCUACGUCAUCUUUGCUUUCCUCUUCGGCUUCCACGACCACAACUGGGUCGCGCGCCAGAAGGGCAAGAUGUUCCGCACCGUCCCCGUCCCGACCUCGUCGGAGCUUCUCUACUGGUACAUGUCUGGCUUUUCCCACCGAGGUUGCAUCUUUGACCCGCGCAUCACCGAGCCUUGGUUCCCUAGGAACUUCCCUCCUCACUCGAUCUUCUACGGUGACAUUGACCACCUCGUGCUCGGCAAACCCCUGGUUCAGCGCAUCCAGCGCUACGAGAACAACGUCGAGAUGAUCCACACCGUCGAGCUGCAGAACUACGAGCACCUCGACAUGAUCUUUGGUGUCGACGCCUUCCGCACCGUCUUCCCCGGUAUCAAGGACACUAUCCUGCAGACCAUCGACCCGGAGGACAUGGGCCCCGAGAUGUCGGAGCGAGGCGGCCGCUACUAG